AUGUUAAUUGUUUUGCAGAUCUGGAAAAUAUUUUCUCUGCGUAAGUUAGCCUACUAUGUUUGCGAUGAAGAAGAAAGAACAUUUUAUGACGAUUUAGAGACAAUAAAAAUCGACAUUCAACAUUGUUGUAUUGAUUUAUUGAGAUUUUUAAAAAAUGAGAUAAAAUCAAAUAUUAUGAAUGACAUUAUUGAUUUAAACUAUAACGAAUACUCGAUGAUUGAGGUUUUGACAAAAUCUAUUUUGUUUUUUACAAAAAUUUGA